AUGCCGGAGGAGGUGCGCGCGAGAGUAAAGGCGACCCUCCUGGGGAUGGGGACGAGGCCGGCAACGGACCACGCCGCCGCCGCCGAGUCAGCGCCAGAGCCGAAGAAGCCACUCCGUGACGUUCCGCAGGACGGAGUGGCGCAGCCUCAGCGUAAGCCCCAGACGGAAGGGGAAAGGAGGCCGAAGGGGGAGGAGGAGCAGCGCGAAGGGGAACGUGCUUCGGUGUUGGAGAGGGCCGGGUCCAUGGUUUCCAAUAACACUUGGAAGAGAAGGCACACCGUCCGCUUCCGCGGCCCCAGGUGGGCAACAGUUUUGAAGAACCACCGCACUGAGCUUGAGCAGGCGUUCAGGCAGGACCUCGUUGAGGCAACUGGGCUGGAGGCGAGGCGGUUUGAGAGUUUGAGCUUCGUGUUCUCCAACGUGCUUAUUGUAACUUUCGUGGUGACCCCGGAGGACGACCAGGAGCGGACGGACAAGCUGCACAGUGUGCUGCGGGAACACCGGUUCCCGCGCACCGUUGCCUUGUACAACCAGUAG